GCCCCGCCGCCUCCGGGCCCCGCUCCCCGCAGGCCUUGCCGCCCCCCCGCGCCCCGGGGUCCCCGCUGCCCUCGGGCCCGGCCGCCGCCCGCCCCCCGCCGGGCGGCCCCGGCUCCGUCCCUCCCCGCCGCGGCCAGAGGCCGGGCAGGGGAGGGGAUGCUCCGGCCGGCCCCCGCGGGGCGGAGGUCACCCGCCUCCCCCCGCCCUCCGCCCGUGGGCGCCGGCUCCCUCCAGCCGCCGCCGCUCCGGCCCCGCACGCAGGGGGAGGCGGCGGGGCGCGUCUCCCGGCGGCGGCUGCGCCCGCCUCGCCGCCCGCCCGCCCGCCGCCGGGGAGCCGCGGCGGAGGCGCAUGGAGACAACGGCGGCCGCUGCGGGCUGGGUUCUUUUCUUCCAUCUUCCUCUCAUCUCUGGAAGCUCCAUCCGUAUUGGAAUAGGAAGCAAUUAUUCCAGUCUCUAUGAACAGAGCAUUCUGCCGUGUAGAAAAGAACAACUACAGUGUGGUGACGGACUCUGCCUCUUGAACUGGCUGCGCUGUCACUAUAAGAAGGACUGUGGCAGAGACUACAUGUCCAUCAAGCUAACAUGCUCAAAAGUUCACCUGAACCAGAGCAGCCCAACCAGUGAAUUCCCCAGCUACGGUGAAAAUGGAAACGAUACCAGUUUACUUGUUUCACCCCUUCUGGUGGCUGGAGUAGUGAUCGGACUUGUGCUAUUUCUAUCCUGUGUUACAAUCAUUGUUGGCAGUCUGCGAAAGGAUGGACGGUUAAGACACCCACAUCUCAGGAGAGAUGCAGUUUAUGCUCCAGAUGGUUUCUCAUAUGGUGGCUCUUUUGGAGAGCUGAGAUCCACCUGCAUGGAGGAGUUUCCCCCAGCUUUUGAUUUUGGUUCCUAUCUGGAUACACUUUCUCAGGUCAACGUCAUGUAUCCUGAUUCACCUCCAUGCUACGAUGAAUGUGUGGGGCCAGGAGCAACACAAAUAUAUAUUCCCACAGAUGAUCCCCCCCCAUAUUCUCUUACGGACCCUUGUCAAAGAAAUGAAAUAUCUAUAAACAUUAACCUGGAAGAGGAAGCAGCAUCUGGGACUACAGGACAGACUGCAAGUUAUGCAGUCAGGCUGCAGGACUUGCCACAGCCCAUUUCAUCCAUCUCUUUGUCGUCUCUUACUCUGGAGGCUGCUCCCCUAUACGAGACAGUGGUGUGUGAACAGAAUAUCCCCAUCCCACUUGUUCCCAUGGAAGUACUGAAAAAUUCUUCCACUGACUAUCAGACCCUACUGAACCAAAUCAAAUGAAUAAAAGUGGCUCUGUCCUUCAAUUCUUCUGAAGAACCCAGACCAACAAAAACAUUUAAAUGGAAGAAUAAAACCUCUGAAAGUUUUACCUAUUUUAUAUCUUUAAACAGGGAUGCAACAGGAUUUUAUUUUUCACAGUGAAUUUUGAAAGUUUACCUAAACUCUCUUUGUGCUUCAAAGUGUUCCACAUGACAUCACACAGCAUAAAAGAGCAGCAGUGACAAGCAGUGCAUCCAACUGUUUUGAAGCCUUUCAAACUACAUUGAAAUCAGCCACUCUUAAUGUAGAUACAUGUUAUCCAGUCAAGGCUACUUGUUGAUUUUAUGAUACUUUGCAUGUGUUAGAGCAGAAGGAAAAAGAAGAGCAUUUUGUUGUCUUUGUAGGUAUCACUAGUAUGUUUCAUUCAGUGUCUUGGCAACAAAGCAUUUUUAAAUAAUUCUUUGUCUAAAUAUGUCUUUCAGUAGACAGAGACAGAACACUGCCUGCAAAACAUGACCAUCGGUACCAUAUCGGAGCAAAAGAAAAAGGAGAAUAAUAUUUUGAUAGUCACAUUUGUCCUUUGGAAAUGCCAGUAUCAGGCUUUCCAAACCAUUGCAAAGCCUGCUGUAAGUCUUCCUCAAAAGAAACCAGCGGCAAGUGAAGGACAGGUGGCAAUGGAUCCCCAAACACCAAUUGGUUUUACCUAGAGAAGCUGUACUACAGCUGUGUGCAGGCCUGGGAGCUGCAUGGCCUUCAUGGGGACUUGAUAGAGCCAAGGGAAGGGCAGUGUCUGGAAUCCCAGAAGAUGCUUCAUGCCAAUUCUUGUGCAUGACUGCAUCCUCAGGCACUAACUGGUCUCUUCAGUAAGGAACCUGUAGUGUUACAAAAAACCUUGACCUCUAGUAAUUGCAUUAGCGUGAUGUAAAUAAUAGACGCUGGACUUGGCACACACAGUAACAGAGAACCUCACUUUGUGCAGAAACCUCUUUUAUUAGGCAUGAUCCUUUUCACUGAAAUUUUGCUACCCACAAAUCUAGCCUUUGGUGAUAGACCUGGACUUCUCACACAUUCAGACGGUAAACGCAUACAAGUUGGAGAUGCACGCUAGUGGGAGCAGGAGAGGUAAACUGCAGAUGUGAGAGUUUAAUCUUACAUGUUACAUAAGCACCCUAUCUCUACAUAAGGACUAAACUACAUGUUCCACCAGUACUAGUUAGCAGAGUUAUCAGGGCUCAUCCCCACUAAGUCUCUUAUGAGGUAUUUUCACUGGAAAAAAAAGGUAUUUUUUUUUUUACACUGAUAAAAGGGACUUCAGUUUACUACCCCCACUGCAGGAUAUGUAAAAAUGAGUAUAGAAAAUAUAUAACUGUGUUUAAAAGGAAGCAUCAUCCAAAUUAUUAAAAUUGCACUUAGAUCUGCUGUAAAUACUAAAUAAUUUUCAACUGUAAUCAUCAUUCAACACUCCAAAGAUUGACACAAUUAUAAUUAAUACUUAGAUGGGAAGUAAUUAUGUGGUUCUUUCUGCUGUAUACAUUAUACCAUUACUGAGUCAUAUGCACAUGAUGAGAUAAGGUAAGUAUGCAUUUUUUGCUAAGUAGAUGAGACUAAGUAUGUAUUUUGCUAAAAUAACAGAAUUCUUUUGCAGUUCAGCAAGAUUUUAAAUAUUCUCAGUAUACUAUACCCAAAACAACAAAAAUUAACGGUUUUGCAUUGCAAAACUGCUGGCAGGCAUUGCCAGAAUGUAGGCUGUAUUUCACAUUUGUAAUUUUAAACAGACAGAACUAUUCCUCUGUAUAUAGUACUAGUGUAAACAGUUUUGUGAUAUGCAAAGUAUCCUGCAAUAAGAGAAGGCAUCUAAUAGGGGACAGAAACUAAAACCAACAUAGAAAUGUACCAGUCAGUUGUAUUGGCAGGAAAAUAAAAAGUAAGGAAAGCACAGAGGUUUGUUUAUUCAGAUUAGGACAUCGCUGUAUCUUCCUGCAGCUCUUGGAGACCUGCCUAGAACAGGGUAAGGCACCAGGACCAGAGACCUGCUUACUUUAGGCUGCUAUUGGGGAGGUGGAGGGGGAAAUCUAAUAAAAAAAAUUAGAAGGCAAAUGUGAUAUUUUAUUUUUCCUGAAAGUGAGUAUCUUUUUACCUGUAACAUGGCAAACCUGAAGGUUCUUCCAAAGCACAAGCACAGAGGGCUUUUCACAUCUGGCAGGCAAGCCUCUACCUGGUUACAGAUGCUUACAGUUUCCGUGCAUUUUGGGAAAUCCUUUCAACCUGCUUGGCUUUUAACCUGACAGUGAUUUCAUGACCUUCCACUAACUUUCUAUCUCUGGUUUACAAAAUAAACUAAUGUUAAGUAGGCCUCUGAUGAAAAUGAGAGAUUUGUAUUUUACCUCAUGAUAGAAAUGCAUUGCUAAGAUUAUACAAAACUAAUCAAAGUCUUUCUUCAUUUGAUAACAGUUACGCAUCCAUAGCAUUGCGAUCUGGAUUGUAUGUAGCAGCAUUGCUUACAGAUAGCUGUUUACUCCCUCUUGUGGUGUACUGCUUUAUAAAGUCAAGUCAUCUAGUCAUCACGCUACACAGGGUUCACAAUGAGGGACUCGUCCAUCACAAUAAUCCCGGCUUCUUUGUCAUACAGGUAUGGAAGCCAGCCAAAACACACACUUCCAUACUGUAACAUUUUUCUCAGUUACCACUAUAUAUGUUAUGUCAUUCAUUAUAAACAAAUAUAUAUAUAUAAAAAAACCACCAACCUGUGAAUUACAAGCAGAGUAAUACCUUCAGUGAUACCUUACCACGAUCACUUGCAAGAGUGGCUUAGAACUUUCUACUCUUGCUAAUCUUUUUAACUAGGUGAUAUCCAACAAAGUUGUGGGGAAAAAAGCUUAUAAAUCAAACCCAUAUAUCUCUGCAAACAGACAAUACUAGAAAGAGAAGUUUCUAGCUCUAACAGCUUGAGCUGCUACUGCUGGAACAGUGUUGAGAUUUCUUGUAAUGAUGCAGGAAGAACAUAUUUACGUUUCUUGGAGAAUAUUUAAGAUCCUGGAUAAAUGUCAGCAAAGUUGACAGACUGUCUCCUGAUGUUCCUCUUAAGAAAUUCAUAUCCUCUUAUCAGAUUUUAUCCUAAACUCUCGCAUAGUUUUAGUGCCAGUCCCAGAACAGGCUUAACACAGGCCUUUCAUUUGUUACAUAAAUAAUAUCAGAAAGAAACUGUUCGGACAUGCUGUUUCUUGCUAUGUGAUAACAAUACUGUAUUUCUGUAGUCAUCUCUUUGCUUUGAUUUUUCGUACACUGAUCUUUACACAAAACUUUUAGUAAAGAACAUAUAUGGAUUCGA